AUGGCCAGCCAUCGACUCCGUCCUUCUGUCAGUCAAGGUCUCAAACGUGUCGGUCGAACUAUCGGUCAAACUAUUGGACGUGGUCGAAACGCUCUUCGUCAAGUCCGAGCCCGCCUGCGUGGCCACGCUGACCGUUCUGGUCCACAGCCACAGCCACGGGCGCCUAGUUCCGAAGAACGUCGUGAACAUCCUGGUCCGUCACUACCCAGUCAAGAUACAAGUAGUACAGAUUUUGAGCAUCCAAAGCCGGGCAAGGGGGAGCCUAACAACAGCACUCCACCUAAAAUUCCAGAUUACCUGACCGGGGAUAAACAGGGCAAUUCGGACAGUGCCAGCAAAGGAAAUUCGACGUGCGCAAUCGAGGGAAAAUCGAAGACUCACCGGAAAGAUAAAUCGGGGAGCUCCAGCGAGGACAAACCGAAGAGCACCAGCAAGGACGAACCGAAAGGCACCAACACAGACGAGCCGAAGAGCCCCGGCAAGGACGAGCCGAAGAGCCUCAGCAAGGACGACUCGAAGAGCCCCGGCAAAGACGAGUCAAAGAGUCCCAGCAAGGAUGAAUCGAAGAACCCCAGCAAGGAUGAAUCAAAGAGUCCCAGCAAGGACGAACCGAAGAGCCCCAGCCAGGAUGAAUCGAAGAACCCCAGCAAGGUCAAGUUGAACAACACUGGCGAUGACGAAUCAAGCCCCGCUGUGAACCCUGGCCCUCGCCGACCAGUGUCGAAAGAGCCUCGCAAUAGACGCGACCAACAAUCACACCCCCACUCCGCAGAUGAACAGGAUGAUGGCCAGAUUGCGGGACCCUCCAAAGUUAAUCUGACUUUCUGGCAAAAGAGCUUAUUUCAGCCUUGA